UAAGGGAAGAACCUGGAAGGCUUGGUUGAAAGACAGUCGGUUAUACAAGGUAUAUUCCUUUUAUACUAUUACUUUUUUAUCUCGUUAAGAAACAAAUCUGACGUUUGUAAGAAGAAAAUUUACUUAGAAAAACAACGAUAAGAAAAAGCGCUUAGUUGUAUGCGUUAAAUAACAUUUUUUUAACUUAGUACAUCUUUGUAUUUAGACCGCCCUGAUGUAUAUGUCCACUCGCCUGGCCAUUAAUGUUUUCCAAUCUUAUUUCGCAUUGUAUCUUACGGAUGCUUUGCACUUUAAAAAGGAAGCCAUUGCUUACUUUCCAUUAAUUGUACUGAUUGCUGGGUCCGUUACAAGUUUCUUCUUAAAGUUUGUUACCAAAAGAAUUGGCAGUCAGCUGACAUACGUAGUGGGCGCUUUGAUGAUCAUAGGAUCAAGCAUUUGGUUAUUUUCAGUUGGCGAAGAACAUAGAGAAGCCGUUUAUGGUGCAGCCUGGUUGGCAGGUAGUGGAAGCUCCAUCAUUUUAGUUACAGCCCUUGCAAAAACGGCGGAAUUAAUCGGGACAGAUAAGAGAUCAAGUGCCUUUGUUUACUCAGCAAUGAGCUUUACGGAAAAGUUAGCAACAGGAAUUGUUAUCUUCAUCAUUCAAAGCUUAAAACCGAGCGCAGGAGUUGGGGUUAUGUGCCAAGACUGUGAAGUGUUCUCCAAAAUUGUUCAAACUGUAGUACCUGGCGCAAGCGUUCUUCUUGGUUUGUUUGCGAUAGUGUUUUUCUUCCCUUCAGAGUUUACCUGUGUACGAAAAAGCAACCUUUUGGCAAGCAAUAUUAACAGUAAAGACAGCGUACUGACUUCCAAUGAAAAAUCAAAGAAGAAAUUAUCAGGUGAUGACGAACACAGUCAGGAACAAGAUAUCUAUAUCGUUAGCAAUGUUAACAACGAAGAGAUUGUACCGACUUAUACUGAAAAAUCGAAUAUGAAUCUAUCGGGUUAUGAACCCAAUGAGGGACAAGAUAUUUAUAUCAUACCAUCCUAUCCAACAUCUUCAUCAAACACACCAAAUCAAAAACAGAAAAGCACGGAAAAUGAGCUGGUUGAAAAUUGAUUUUCUAUAUGACUUGGAUAUUAAAACGAUUUUUGGUAUCUCGAAUUACUAAUUUAUCACGAAAUCCACAUGGGUUGAUAUAAAGGUAUUUUUAUUUAUAAAGACAGGAAGAAGUUUAUAUGUAACAUUUAUGCUAUGUAUAUAAAAAACAAAAACAAUAAAAUAUAUCGAUUUUAUUUUUUGAAAUUAUUUUUUGCGUGAUACCUCUUCCGGCAUCUAUUUCUUGAAAGAUAUCUACAAAACCUUGCAAACAUUACAAUAUCGAGGAUUAAAAUGUAACAGGCACCAGCAACGUUGAUGCUAUAGAAGAUCACAGAACUAUUCUCGUCUGUUCAAUCCUAUACUAUAUGUUUUCGGUAUCACAGGGACACGGGCGAACUUUUUUAGGUAUUAGUAUUAAAAUUACGUAGUCUUCGUGUUGCCACUUCCAACAACAAUUCAGAAUCAACAUUUUUGUAUUCGGCUAAGCAGUAUGUAGUUAUUAUACCGAAUUGUUUCCUUGAUGUGUUAGAAUGAUACUUCUGUGGCUAUGCGAUAUAUUUUUGGACAAUACACCUUUAACGAAUUUCAUAAAUUUUGAUAUUUAUGACGUCAUCCAAAAUUUCAUAAUGGUUCUAUGCUCUUCAAAUAAGAAAAUUCAGAUAAAUUAUCAUGACAAAAAUGUUUUAGAGCAAUAUUAUAUUCUGGUUGGAUUUUAUUCAGAUUUAAAGAAAAUAAUUAUUUUAAAAACGAGGCUAUUCUUGGAACAUAUCGGAUUUGAGGCAUUUAACGAACAGAAAUAUUUACGAAAUUAGGUAAUUUGUUCUACCUUUUGCUAAAGAACUUAGGGAUAAGAAUCAUUUUUAGUAUCGACCUCUUUAAUUGAGUUGGCAUAAUUAGGAAAUUCGGGAAAGGUCUACUAUUUGUAUUUGAAAUUCAUACCAUUUAAUUAAUCGUACAUUAAAUGCCUAAUUAAUCGAUAAUUACUAAUUGAGCUGAGUAAUGCUGAUUGCGUAAUUCUUGAAAAGACAAAGAUUAAAUAUGAGUCACAUCCUUUAUUUACUGUAUUUAGGUUACAAUAAUUGCUCUCAGUUCUCAGUUUAACCACUUUUGGUCACUUUGAAAGUGCUAAAUACCUUAUUCGACUUUGUUAAGCUAAGGAAAAUUACAUUAUUGUUUCUCGUCCACCGCCUUUGUCAUUUACGAUAAAGCAUUUAGCAGUCCUUUUCCUCAUCUUCUCACUCUUUUCUUCAUCUUCUCACCCUCAACUAAACCCUUUUGCCAUCCCAAGGUGGAGAAGCACUUACCAAAGAACAUGACCUUUUUUGCAGAACAUGGUGUCACUGAAAAUAUCUUUCUUUUACCGGAGUAAUCUUUUUUAUGAAAUGAAUAAACAUAAUAUAAUGAGCAUGAUAUAAACGUCUGUUUGUAUCAAACUUAAUCUUUUUAACUGAUGUAAAGGAAACAGGUAUAUAUAUUCAAGCACGCAACAUUAUAAAUAAAGAUUUGCAAACUACUGUUUCAAAAAAUUUUAAAGAUAUCUAUUCA